AAAACAUUGGGUAGAUCGUGGAAAACAUUGGGUGGAUCGUGGAAAACAUUGGGUGGAUCGUGGAAAACAUUGGGCGGAUCAUGGAAAACAUUGUGGAAAACAUUGGGUAGAUUGUGGAAAACAUUGGGUGGAUCGUGGAAAACAUUGGGUGGAUCGUGGAAAACAUUGGGGUGAAACUUGGCAUGGAUGUGUGAUACCUGGUGGUGGAAGCAAGAAGCCUGGUGGUGGAAGCAAGAAGUCUGGUGGUGGAAGCGAGAAGUCUGGUGGUGGAAGUGUAAAGUCUGGUGGUGGAAGCGAGAAGUCUGGUGGUGGAAGCGUAAAGUCUGGUGGUGGAAGCAUGAAGUCUGGUGGUGAAAGCGUGAAGUCUGGUGGUGGAAGCCCUGGUGGUGGAAGCGUGAAGUCUGGUGGCAGAAGCAUGAAGUCUGGUGGUGGAAGUGUAAAGUCUCGUGGUGGAAGCGAGAAGUCUGGUGGUGGAAGUGAGAAGUCUGGUGGUGGAAGUGAGAAGUCUGGUAGUGGAAGCGAGAAGUCUGGUGGUAGAAGCGAGAAGUCUGGUGGUGGAAGCGAGAAGUCUGGUGGUGGAAGUGAGAAGUCUGGUGGUAGAAGUGAGAAGUCUGGUAGUGGAAAUGAGAAGCCCAGUGAUGGAAGUACUAGGUCGAAUUUCGACGAAGAUAUUAUUUGUAACUUAAUAGUAAGAAUUCACUGUAUUAUUAUUGUUAACCUUGUUUAA